AUGUUCUUUUGGUUUAAUCGAGAUGGUCGAAAUGCUCGUAAUACCAAACUUCCAAAGGUGCAACCAAAAUUUAUUAAUAAACAGUUAUCAAAUAAUCAAAAACGUGUAACAUUUUCUGAAAAAAACAAAACUGUUGUGUACCCAAGAUAUUCACCGGUAAAUUUGCCAGCAAUCAAUUCAAAGUAUCCUUACAGAAUGUUGGAAAGACAAAGAACAUACAUUGUUUCAAAUCCUGUUUUUGUGAAACCUUCAAAAUCACCAAAACAACAAAAAAAACCAAAGACAUUUAGUGAUUUUAAAAAGAACUUAAAAAAAAUAAAUAAAAAUAACAAGGAUGAAAAUGGAAUGAUAUGGAUUGAUUUAUAG